CUCCUCAAACAGACUCAGACAACAGUGUUUCGGUCCGAAAGACACCUAGUGAUUCAACGUUAUUUAUUGCGAAGCACGUUAAGGAUGUCACCCAUUGAAGUCAGUCAUACACCAAACCCCUCCACAAACAGAAGAAUGAAAAGUCAAGACGAAAAAUACGCUCACGAUCUUGCUUCCGACUACAUUUACUUCAACAAACUGGGAAAGGAGGCGUACAAAUCGAACACAAGAGUCGCUGCAAUUUUGCGGCGAGUUGGUGGAGAAGUGGAGAGAAGGCAUGAAGUGUUAUUGAAACAUAUGUGUAACAGGCUUAAUCUUAGAACAUCUAAUGUUGAAGCUACUUUUAGAGGAGUCGUGGAGGAAAUUUUCAGCACAGAAAUCAAUUGGGGACGUAUUGUAGUUUUGUACUGCUUUGCCGCCGAGGUUGCUGUAUUUUGCAGCAAAAACGACAUUGAUAUCGUCGAGGAUAUUGUAACAUGGCUAGCUGAAUAUGUGAGCGAGAGAAAACUCGCUGAAUGGAUCCGAAAAUCCGGAGGAUGGGAUGCAUUUUGUGAACAAUUUAAAGAUGUCAAAGCGGAGAGUGAGAAAUUUUGGUGGAACAGUAUUCUCUACACAACGCUGGGGCUUGGAACCCUGGCUGCAAUGUUAUAUGUGAAAAGUUAGCCUCAGUUGUAACUCUGGGUUUGAAACCACAGUUGUGCCUCAUUCCAGAUCAGGGUACCCCCCAUAGUACCAAGAGUGAUGGAUUUGCAAUUCACUCGCUAUAAGCACAGAUGAAUUGGAGGCUGCAAGAACCAUAGUGCGGCAACUUAGAACUGUCAAUGUCACAACAGACAGUAAUGCUAGUUGAGAUAACGACUGUUUUAGAAAUAUGUGUUCGAGUUGGUUCUUCUGCAGUCAAACUGUAGGAGUGAGGGAGAAACAGGAAUAUGUUGAAAUGAACCAAAGCCAUCGACAAAGGGUCUGAUCUAAUCAGCCUGCAGGAUAAAUAUUAUGUGGACACGUAAUGUAGGUUAAAGACUUAUUAAGAAACAAUCUUUAGAAUUUACCCUGUUCUAGUUAUGGUUAGUUUUUUUUUAUAAUUCUAGUUACCAGUAUAUCAAUUUUGGGUGAACAAAAAACAAGAAUCCACAACACUUAACAAUUCUUACAAACAUUUUGAUUUAGUUGGAUGAGUUGAUAAGCAAUAUUUAUAUGACCUUAAGUUUAUUUUGUCCAAUUUGAAGUUAAUGAUUUUAACUUUUAUCUUACAGAUAAAAUAAAAGUAUCCAUGUGAAUGGAAAAUAUUCUUUCAUAAAA